AUGCAGAGAGUUAUCCAGCGGACAGCUACAGCCCGGAAGCAGGCUCUUAAAAGGACCACCAAAGCUCAUGAACGACAGGAAUUGUUGGAGCGUGUUGGGAUUCGGCGGGCGCGAAAGGACUACGGCGGCGCACUGUCUACUCAAUUCCAAGAAGCUCGAAAGAACCGCUGGGAGGAUUGGGAAAAGGGGCCUCUUGCACCUAUGCGAGACUCCGGUCUGCAGAGCACAACAUAUGGUGGUCAGGAUGCUUCCGUCUUGCACCCGCCGCGCCUCCCUAAGCAGGAACAACGGAGGCAUGUCCUCUUCGCCGAAGGUGAUCGAGUCUGUGUUGUACGUGGACGGGACCAGGGAAAGAUCAACGUGAUCCAGCAGGUCAACCGAGACAGCGAGACUGUUCUUAUCAAGGGUAUCAACAUGGCCGACGUGAUCAUUCCCCCAUGGGCCAAGGACAGAAUGGGACACGCAGGUGAUACCCAACCACAGUCCUUCCCCGUAUCCUUCGACGAUAUCCGACACGUCAUUCCGCUGGAAGACACAAAUACUGGAAAGAUGCAGAACGUCAUUGUCCAGCACGCUUACGCCGCCGGGCCAUAUCAUGAGCGAGAAGAACACAGCAAGCUCCCAAGAUUCACUCGCUAUGUCUCCGGCUUGGACAUCGAAAUUCCUUGGCCAAUGGAGGAAGCGCCUGUCAUCACUGAUGGUGACAUGGACACAACACGAAUGACAGUUGAGACCAACACAUUCACACCCACACUGGAGCAGCCGCCUAUGCCUUCAACCGUCAUUGAUGAGCUGCGCAACAAAUACUCCAGAUUCCGCACUCGACACGAUCCGGAAUACCUGAAAGAGAAGAUGAAGGAGGACCUCCGCAAGGAAUACAGACAAACUGUCUCCAUGAUGACACCGAAGACAGAUGUCAAAAAUUUGAGGAUUGCUCAAAUUGCGGAGGCGAGGAAGGCAAAGUUGGAUGCCAACGGGAAUGGGAUAUUAACCCCGGGCGCCAUUAACUUCAUUAACCAGCACAUCCAAACCCAACGACAGGUUCAGAAGCCAAAGAAGUUCACAAAGGUCCAGACUUCAAAGUCCAAGCAGGCUGCUUGA